AGAUAUGUAUGUUUGUCGUAGUUAAUUAAAAUGUCAAUCAACUAUUAUCACUGGUUAUCAGAGAAGCUCACAUCCAUUCAUUUACCUAACACUUAUGUCAUUACGAAUAUUAUUUAUCAAUCUGUGCGCGGCACAGCACAGUAUAACUAGAGCUGUAACAAUAAUGUAUGUUAUAAAACAAUUAGUUACAAAUAGAUUACCGAGGAUCCAUAAUGUUUCACUGGAACGGUUCCUUCACGAUUAUUUAAAAGUGGAAAUAGCCGGAGAUAAUUUAAAGUUCCCUCACGUGUGGCUGAGAGACAACUGUCAGUGUGAACAGUGUUUCCAUUCAUCCGCUAAAAGCAGAAUUUUUGACUGGAGCAAAUUCGAUCUCGACAUCAAACCCAAAGGAGUGUUACGUAAAGAAAACACAAUAGAAAUAACAUGGUCAGACGACCACAGAUCCGUUUACAAACUCGAUUGGUUGAAAUUCAGAAGUUUCACGCGUGAAAAUCGACUAAAAUAUGACGAGGCUAUUUACAGACCUACGCAGAAAACUUGGAGCAAAGAAACUUUCAACGGGAUAUUGAAGAGAUUCGAAUACAAAGAAAUACUAGAGUCUGAUAGUAUUCUGUACGAUUGGCUUUACAAUCUUUCUGUUUAUGGUGUAACGUUAAUUCAGAAUACACCAAAUUCUGAAAAUGCUAUUGAUGACGUCAUUGCGAGAGUUGCGUUUCCCAAAACAACACAUUAUGGAGUCAAGUUUGUGGUUCAGAGUGUACAGGAUACAAGUAACGUGGCAUACUUAUCCGGCAACUUGCCCCUACAUCUAGACCUACCCUAUUACGAGUAUUGCCCAGGGACCACUCUGCUUCAUUGCCUCGUGCAAACCGAAAGUUACGGUGGAGAAAAUUUACUAUCAGACAGCUUCUACGUCGCGAAAUACAUGAGAAAACAUCAUCCUGAUCAAUUUAAAAUCCUAGCAGAAGUGGAAGUAGAAUGGAGUGACAUCGGCGUUGAAGCCGGAAACGAAUUCUUCAAGUUGUACCGAGCGCCGGUAUUCUGUAUGGACAAACAUAACAAAUUAUAUCGUGUCAAUUUUUCUAUACCACAAAGAGGCAGCUAUUUUCCUGAACCGAUAGAAAAAGUAAUUCCCUGGUAUUACGCUCAUAAGAUGUUUUUAAAUCUCAGUAACCAAUUUUCUGCUAGUUUCAAAACGAAAAUUGGUGAUAUACUUGUGUUCAAUAAUACUAGAAUGUUACAUGGUCGAAGUGCCUAUGAAGAUAGCAACAACAAUGUGAGGAGGCUCAUUGGUGCUUACAUAGACUGGGAUGAGAUAUAUUCCCGACUACGCUGUCUCAUAGUCAAAUCAAAAAAAGUGGAUGGAGUCUAAAUUAAUAUAUAUCUUUUUAAGCACUAAAAUAUACUAAAGCUUAUAAAGAAUGUUCCACUAUUGUUGAAAAUUAUUCACAAAUUUUGCAAAGAAUCAGUUGACAAACCAUGUUUUGGGAGGGUGUAACAUAACAAAUGU